ACGUUUCCCGGCAGCAGCGGGGAUUUCCCGAUCUGCAGCGCUUGCCUGGGAGGCAGGAGGGGACGCGGGGCUCCUCGGACGCGGCUGCACCAUGACGGCGCCUCUCCUCCUCGCUGCCCUCCUCGCCCUCUUGCCAGCCGUAGCUACACAAGAACCGGCCCUCGAUGCAACUCCAUCGUGCCCAGAGUCUGUGUCUGUUCGAGGUGGCACCGUGUCACUCUCAGACGGGUUUCGCCCAGGAAGCAUCCUCACCUAUUCCUGCCCAGAUGGCAGCUAUCCGUAUCCAACCCGAAGCCGGAUCUGCCAAUCAGAUGGGAAGUGGACACCGAUGCGUUCCUCCGGCAAAAGUCCCGUCAGCCAAGCACAGUGUCGAAAGAUAAGCUGUCCUCCGCAGAGGUCCUUUGAAAAUGGCUCCUUUGGCCCGCGGCGAGGCUUCCAUCCUGUGGGUGCCAUCCUCAGCUUUGAGUGUUCGGAUGGAUACCAGCUCCUGGGUUCCUCCAGGCGGCACUGCCUGCCCAAUGGACGCUGGAACGGAACUUCUCCAGUUUGUGAUGAUGGAGCGGGGCACUGCCCAAGCGUUGCCAUCCCGCCGGGGGCAAUUGCUACUGGGGGGCGCAACCGUCUUGGCGACCGGGUCUCCUUCCAGUGUCAGAGCGGCCUGGACUUGGUGGGGUCUUCCCAGCGGGUCUGCACUCCAGAGGGUGAAUGGUCAGGAGCUGAGCCAAGUUGUAGAGCCCCCUAUUCUUACGAUAGGGCUGAAGACGUCAGAGCUGAAUUUGGAGCCUCGUUUACUGAAGUUUUGAGCGAUGUGUCAUCCUCUGGUCCUGACCCAUCUGAGACCACUGCAGGUGAGUCUGAGCCCCGAUGUAGUUUCUGUAGGCCAAGCUGGGACUCGGAGCAGAGACAGAGAGUCACAUACAGCUCCUCAUUAGGACGACGGCUCAUACUCUCCAAAGACAGUUUCCUAUAUGUCUACUUUCUUGUGGAUGCAUCUCACAGCGUAACUGAAACCAACUUCAACAUCUCUAAGCAGUGUCUGGAGGUCAUAAUCACCAGGAUUGCCAGCUUUGAUGUUCCCAUCAGGUUCUCUGUAAUCUCUUACGCCAGCCGACCCAAGACCAUUGUCAACAUUCAGGAUGAUAUAGCUGAAGAUACGGAAAUCGUUAUUGAGAAGAUUCAAAAUGAGAUGAACUACAAAGACCAUGGCAACGCAACAGGAACCAACAUUCAAGAUGCCCUCGACUCCGUGUACCAGAUGAUGAUUAAUGAGAAGGAGUUUACCAAAGUGUCGUGGGACAAAAUCCGCCACGCCGUCAUUCUGUUCACAGACGGGAAGUCCAACAUGGGAGGUUCCCCCACAAAGGCUGUACGCAGUAUAGAAGACUUUUUGAAUGUGAGAGCAAACAGGAAAGACUACCUGGAUAUCUAUGCUUUCGGAGUUGGAACCGUCGACGUAGACUGGAGCGCCAUGAAUGAGAUAGCAUCCAAAAAGCCGGGCGAGAGGCACGCCUUCAAGUUGAACGACCUUAAGGAAUUGAAGGCAGCCUUUGAAGAUGUCCUGGAUCCCAGAGAUCUUCAUGAUAUAUGUGGCUUGGCGAACAACUCUGACAGCGCUAGCUGGGAGCAGAAGAAUCCGUGGCACGUUCUCCUCCACUACAACACACUGACAGAACCUUCUUGUCGGGGCGCCUUGAUUUCAAAGACGUGGGUCUUAACGUCCGCUCACUGCUUCAGCAAAUUCAACGACACAGCAGGAUGGAUCGUCAUUCUGGAAAAAGGUGCAAAAGGUAGAGGAGGGACCAGAUUGCGAAUAAAGAGGCGGAUCGACCACGAAUUGUUCAACGUGAAAGCCAAGGUGGCUCAGGGGAUCCAGGAAUUCUACGACUAUGAUCUCUCCUUACUCGAACUGGAGAAACCCGUGCAGUUUGGCGGGAGAAUCAGGCCAAUCUGUCUUCCUUGCACGGAAGGUGCCAACAGAGCCCUGAAGAUGAAGCCAGGCGCCACAUGCAAGGACCACGAGCUGCAGUUGCUGAGUUUGGAGGAAGUGGAUGCCCAGUUCGUAUCCUUGGACAACAAGAGGAUGGGAGUACAGAUCAAGACAAGGAGAAGUCGCCCAACGUGCAUUUCCGCAGCUCUUCAAGACAAGAAAAUGUUUUCCGAAGGAACUGAUGCCUCUGAAGUGGUGACGGACAGAUUCCUGUGUAGUGGAGGAGGGAGAGCUGUCGAGGCUGCCACUUGCAAAGGUGAAUCCGGAGGAUCAUUAUUCGUGGAACGGAGGGAGAGACUCUUCCAAGUGGGCGUAAUCAGCUGGGGCACAUAUAACCCUUGUGAAAAGAAGAGAAAGAAGAAGAAAGAUGGGAGAAGAAGAUGGAAACAUUUGGGUUCAGACAUCAUGUUGCUGGACUGCAGCGGUGCUGCCCAAACAGAAGCUGCUAGGAGGCAGGAAGAGAACCAAGGAGGGAGAACCAGAAAUGCAGCUUUUGGACCAGCUGUUCUGCAUUCUCAUUGCCUGGGGGCAUUUUAUACAGAUGCAGCUGAUUAUGCCUGUGACCCCCAAACAGCUGAGAUUGCUGGGGGCCGGUACACAGCACUGGAAAACGGCACUGUGCUGAAAUAUGAGUGCCCAGAUGGGAAAUACCCAUACCCUACAGACUACCGGUUUUGCCAGUACGAUGGGACAUGGAGCCCCAUGCGGAAUGCACUGAAAAGUCCCGUCUCCAAGGCCAGUUGCCGAAACAUCACCUGCUUCAGGCCUCUGGAUUUCGAAAAUGGCCUGUAUGAGCCCCGCCAGAGGUCCUACAGUGUAGGCCAGGAACUGAGGUUCGAGUGCUACCAGGGUUACACGCUGCGGGGGUCACAAAAUCGCACCUGCCUCCCCAAUGGGAAAUGGAGUGGAGAGACAACCAUAUGCGAUGAUGGGGCGGGCCACUGCCCCAACCCUGGCAUCCCCAUUGGUGCCCAGAAAGAUGGCACCCAAUAUCGAAUUGAAGAUCGAGUCCGCUACAGUUGUGACAGAGGACUCGCUUUUGUGGGAUCCAAAGAGCGGAUUUGCCAAGAAUCAGGAGCCUGGAGUGGAUCGGAACCGGAAUGUAGAAACCCCUUCACCUUUGAUACUCCAGAAGAGGUCUCCUCCAAGUUCAUCUCAUCCCUCACUGAAGUGGUUGAGUCUGCAGAUUCCAACAGAAAUAUUUCUGCUACAGGGAAGCGUAAAAUCAAGAUUGAGGUUGAUGGCUCAAUGAAUAUCUACAUUGUCCUUGAUGCCUCCCGAAGUAUUGGUCGGCCAACAUUUCAGAAAGCUCGGGAUGCAAUCAUCAAGUUCAUCGAGAAGAUAUCCAGCUAUGACACUUUCCCUCGGUAUGGCAUCGUCACCUUUGCCACCCACAGCAAAGAGGUUUUGAGUACGACCAACGCAAAGAGCAAUGAUGCUUCAUGGGUGAUUGAGCAGCUGGAGGCCAUGAAAUAUAAUGAACACAAGCUAAAGCCUGGAACCAACAUUUACAAAGGUCUGGAUGCUGUCUAUAAGAUGAUGAUCAACCAGCAAGAGGACCAGCUGAGGGAGGGGUUGGAUCCUGCUCCUAUUGCCACCACCACCCGCCAUGUUAUCCUCCUCUUGACUGACGGAGACUACAACAUGGGAGGGACCCCUGUUCCUGUCAUUGGGAGAAUCAAAGAGUUCCUCGGUAUUCCCGGCCAGCCCGCUCGUAAUGACUUCCUGGACGUUUACAUCUUUGGUAUCGGGACCAUGGUCGCUAUAGAGAAUGUGAACGCCUUGGCAUCUCAGAAGCCGGGCGAAAGACACGUCUUCAAGCUCAAAGACUACGAUGAAGUACGGGAUGCUUUCGAAGAAAUGAUUGAUGAGAGUCAGGUUCUGUCCAUGUGUGGCUUAGCCAAGGAACACACGCAAGCGAGGGACCAAGAGAAGAAUCCCUGGCACGUCACAAUCAGCAUCCGGCGUGCUGGAAGGGGAUUUGAACACUGCAAAGGAGCCCUUGUCUCCGAGUAUUACGUCUUGACAGCGGCCCACUGCUUCACCAUAAAUGACAAAGCUGAGGAGAUCCAAGUCAAGUUAGGUGAGAAUCAGCGCUUUGAAGUGGCUGCAGUCCGAUCACACCCACUGUACCAGAUUGGGAAGCUAGAAGAUCGUGGAAUCCGUGAAUUCUAUGAUUAUGAUGUCGCCCUGGUGAAACUCGCCAAAAAAGUCACACCCUCUGUUUCUGCAAGGCCAAUCUGCCUCCCCUGUACGGCUGGGACCACCCGAGCUCUGAGGAAGCCCCACCCACAGACCACCUGCAGAAAUCAUGAGGAAUUGCUCCUGACCAUUGGGAACGUCCCGUCGUUUUUUGUGACCGACUGUAAACACGAGCACGAACAGGGCAACGGGCUGUCUCGCAGGACAGUGAAAAUCAGGAAUAGUGAAAAGAAAAUUGGUUGCGAAGCAGACGCCAAGAAAGCCUCCUAUUACGAAAACGUCACGGAUGUCUCCCAGGUGGUGACUGAACGCUUCUUAUGCACAGGGGGCGCCGACCCUGAAGUGGACCCCAACACUUGCAAAGGAGAUUCUGGUGGUCCCCUCAUCAUUCCUAAAAGGCAGCGAUACAUCCAGGUGGGCGUGAUCAGCUGGGGCGUGGUUGACGUUUGUAGAAACAAGAAACUGCCUGUCUGCGAAACUGGCCGUAAUCGUCACGAGAUGUCCCCUGCCUACGCUAGGGAUUUCCACAUCAACCUCUUCAAGGUCUUGCCUUGGCUCAAGGAAGAGCUCCGGGAGGAGGGACUGGAUUUCCUGUAGAUUUUUCUCCCCAAUUCCCCA